UUGAUCACUUCCUGUCACUAACUCACUUCCCGUCACUGGCUAGCUUGGAAUCUGGGGUGAAGACCUGCCCAGAGACACCCUCGAGCCCUUGGGGGUUGGGUGGGGAAGUGAGAGGGUGAGGGGGUGGGGAGGUAGGGAAGGGCCAGGCCCAAGGGGCAGGUGGGGCCUUUGGGAGCUGCAGGGACACCCUGAUCCAACAGAAGAACUUGCCUCCUGUGCCGCCAUGAAGAAGUUUUUCACUUUCUGGAGAAGGAAGGAUGAGCCGGUGAGCCCCUCCUCAGACCUGCCCGUAGGCCUGGCCAGGACCAGUACUCGUCACCUCACCCAGCCCGGCUACAACCUUCGAGAUAAGGACUUAAAGAAACUUCACAAAGCUGCCUCAGUUGGGGAUUUGGAGAAGGUGAAGAAGUACCUUCAGCUGAAGAAACAUGAUGUGAAUAUACGGGACAAAGAAUACAGAACACCUUUGCACCUGGCCUGUGCUAAUGGAUAUUCAAAUAUUGUAUCUCUCUUAAUUGAGAAACAGUGCAAAAUAAAUGUCUGUGAUAGGGAAAACCGGUCUCCAUUGACUAAGGCAGUACAGUGUGCUAAGGAAGAUUGUGCUACUAUUCUUCUAGGCCAUGGUGCAGACCCAAAUCUGGUGGAUUUAGAUGGCAAUACUGCUCUCCAUUAUGCUGUCUGUGGCCAAAGUAUCUCAUUAGUUGAAAAAUUGCUUGAAUACAAAGCUAAUCUUGAAGAUCAAAAUAAGGAUGGGUAUACUCCACUGUUACUUGCCAUUACUGAAAAUAAUGCAAAAAUGGUAGAGUAUCUUCUGAAGAGAGGGGCAGAUGUGAAUGCUUCAGAUAAGAAUCAAAGAACAGCCCUUAUGAUUGCUCUAAGCGAUGAACCAACAAAUUUAGUCAGUCUUCUUCUUCAGCAAAAAGUGGACCUGUCUUGCCAAGAUAUUUAUGGAUUCACAGCUGAGGAAUAUGCUUCUUUUAAUGGUUUUACUGUAUAUCAUCAAUUAAUUGCCAAUUAUGGAAGGGAGAAGAAAGUUGAACAGAUGUCUAAUUCUGAAGAUACAGCCUUGGGCACUACAUCUGAUACAGAAGAACUGAAUGAAGUUAUGGAUGAGAGUUCUGAAGAAGACCCAUUAGCAGACCUCAACAACAGAACAUCAAGCAAGUUAUGCUGGGUGACGGUGCCUGGCGGCCAGUGAAGAAAACUAUCUCAGCAGUUCUCUUCUUACAAGUCUUAUUUCUAUAAAGAUAUUUUCCUCUGGAAAAUGUUGUGAACCAAAAAACUACCAUAUCUAAUUAGUAGAGUUUUAAGUAUUAAAAAAGUAUGAACAAAAUCUACCUCUAAACUCUGAAAGGAUCUAUUCCAGAAGCCUUUUUCAGAUUUUAUACAAAUUAGCCCUCAUCUUUUCUUAUUGAGAUUGUAUUAUUUUUUUAAGCCAAGGGUCAGCAAACAUGGCCUACAGGCCAAAUCCUGCCUGCCACCUGUUAUUGUAAAUGAAGUUUAUUUGG